AUGAGCUUCCUUACGCGUUGGUUCAGGAAGGUGCCGCGUGCGCCGCUGCAUCCGCCACGCCAGUUUCCCACCCAUCGAGGUCCACUGCUCCCCGUCCAGCAGCUCCUCGAGGAAGAGACACUCCCCAGAUACUCUGCGGAGCAUUACUAUCCCGCACGUAUAGGCGAAGUACUGGGCUCGCGAUACCAGAUCGUCAGCAAGCUUGGAUUCGGGUCCACGUCUACCGUGUGGCUGGCCAGGGACCUCAACUCGAACCAACAUGUCGCCUUGAAGGUCUUUGUGCUAUCGCAAGCUGUGGGUGGUCCGGCCUCUCAGGAACUGGGCAUCCAUGCGCGACUGGCAAGCAGUCCCCAAGACCAUCCAGGACGGGAGGCCAUUCCACACAUGCUAGGCCAUUUCGAGGUGCCUAGUGCAGAAGGUGACCACCAGUGCCUUGUGCAUCAGCCGCUGUGGAACAACCUGCAGACGUACUUGGACGAACCCCCCAAUGGGCGUUUGUCCAAGGAGGCUCUCGCCAAUGUGCUCUACAAUGUCUUCAAAGCACUUGAUUACCUUCACACGGAAUGCCAGAUUGUGCACACCGACAUCAAGCCGGACAACAUCAUGUUUGGCUUCAAAGACGACGCUGCGUUGGAAGCCGUGGAGCAGGCGGAGGUGGACAAUCCAAGCCCUCGCAAGGAAAUUGACGGCCGCGUGGUGUAUCGGUCCAGGAGACUCCCAGAGCCUCGCAACAUUGGGCCACCGGUGUUGUGUGACUUUGGCUCAGCCUUGUCAGGACCACAGCUGCGUGACAUAGAUGUCCAGCCAGACGAAUACCGAUGUCCGGAGAUGAUUCUGGAUAUUCCUUGGGAUAACAAGAUCGAUGUCUGGAACGUGGGGUGUAUGAUCUGGGAUAUUUUUGAGGGAGAGCAUCUAUUUCGCGGCAUAGAUCCCGAGUUCAAGGUCUACCGCGGACGUGCCCAUCUAGCCGAGAUGAUUGCAGUCCUGGGCCAACCGCAGCCAGGGCUCAUCGACCGCGGACGACUCAAGUCCAAGUUCUUUUCCGAUACAUACGAGUGGCAAGCUGGCAAUGACCUUCUGCCGCCCACAAGCUUGGAGCAAUUGGAGAAGCGUCUCGAAGGAAACGACAAGGAGUUGUUUAUCGACUUUAUGAACAAGAUGCUGCAGUGGGCCCCUGAGGACCGACAGACCCCCGAGGAAUUGAUGUAUGACCCGUGGCUGAUGAGGCAUGUGCGCGGGUGA